UCUGGCCCAGCAGGGGAUGGGGGGCGGGGCGGGGCACGGGAUCACAAAGUGCUGACCGGCGUCAGAGAUGCUUGAAAGAAUGCUUCAGGACCAUUAGAGGAACUCAGCUGACCUGAAACGUCCAAUGGAUCUACUUGAAAACGCAACAGCUUCUCUGUCAUCCUCUCCAUUUGGCACCGGUUCACCACAGCAGGACGCCGCGCUCUGAGACAUGGAUCCGCGCGACCAUCUCCCUCCCAACUCCCUGAAACACGGUGGUAAAAGUGAAUGACGAGGCGCAUCCCUCUGUCAGUAUCCGCCUCUCCACCCACCGUCCUCUUUUGCUCCUGGAAACCAAACAAGACAGCCCCCCCUGUCCGUUUGUUCUCCCGGGGCCGCCAAUUUUUUUUUUUUUUUAAUCAGGCGACACUGAGUGAAAGCUGCAAGAUAAACUUUGUCUUAUUUGUUAUCAGGGGGAUUUAUUUAUCUAUAUCUAUAUAUCUAUAAAAGCCAGGAGGCUAGUUGAGUGAAUUGACUUUAAAAGUAGUGGGGAUUUUAUUUUCUCUUAACCCUAUGAUCACCGCUCCAUGCGCGUUUCCUCUCCUCUGAGCUCUGUGGUCCCCUCACCCCGUGCCGGACCCCGCUCCGCAGACCUCCCCCCCAACCUGCCAUGCUCCUCCAGGCCGUGUUGCUGUUGCUGCUGCGCUGCUUGGCUUCCACCCUGGGCCAGUACGACCUGUGCAAGUCUCUGGUGAGCACGGACGAGGGCUCGGUGUGGGAGCACUACGCAUGCCAGCCUAGUCCGGUGUCCAUGAAGGACUACAUGCGGAUCAAGGUGGACCCGCCCGGAAUCACGUGCGGAAACCCACCUGAGAGGUUCUGCACUCUGGAGAACCCAUAUUUGUGUAGUGAUGAGUGUGACGCCUCUAACCCGGACUUGGCGCACCCUCCUCAGCUGAUGCAGGACCGUGAACGCAACGGCCUCAUCACCUACUGGCAGACGGUCACCUGGAGACGCCACCCAGAGCCCCUGCUGGCCAACAUCACCAUGUCCUGGAACAAGAGUCUGGAGCUCACGGACGACAUCCAGAUCACGUUCGAGUACGGUCGUCCCACCAUCAUGGUGAUGGAUAAGUCCAUGGAUCACGGGCGCUCCUGGCAGCCUUACCAGUUCUACGCCGACGACUGCCUGGACGCCUUCAACAUGCAGCCCAAGCGGGUGCGCGACCUCUCACCCGCGAACCUCACGCGGGUCAUCUGCACCGAGCAGUACUCGCGCUGGGUCGGCUCCAAGAAUGACAAGAAUGUCAAGUUCGAGGUGAAGGCACGCUUUGCGGUGUUUGCCGGACCUCGGCUGCAGAACAUGGACAACCUGUACACCCGCAUGGAGAGCAUGAAGGGCCUGCGGGACUUCUUCACCUUCACCAACCUGAGGCUGAGGCUGCUGCGGCCCGCCCUCGGAGGCACCUAUGUCCAGAGAGACAACCUGCUCAAGUACUUCUACGCCAUCUCCAACAUCGAGAUACCUGCUAGGUGCAAGUGUAACCUCCAUGCCUCCCAGUGCCUGCUGAUUGACGGGAACCUCCAGUGCCAGUGUGAACACAACACCACCGGCCAAGACUGUCAGCGAUGUAAGAAAGGCUUCAAAGCAAAGUCCUGGAAAGCAGGGUCCUACCUGCCUCCUCCCAACGGGACUCCCAACACCUGUACAAUUGCUGGUUCCCCCUCCGGUUCCAACUGUGAGUGCAACGGCCACUCCAAUCGCUGCAGCUACAUCGACUACCUGAACAUCGUCACAUGCGUCAGCUGCAAGCACAACACCAGAGGCCAGAACUGCCAACACUGCAGACUGGGAUACUUCCGCAACGCCUCUGCCGAACUGGAUGACGAGAACGUCUGCAUUGAGUGCAACUGCAACCAGCUGGGUUCGGUCCACGACCGGUGUAACAACACGGGCUUCUGCCAGUGCAAAGACGGAGCCAUGGGGGCCAAAUGUGACGACUGCCUGCCAGGAUUCUACUGGAAACAAGGCUGUUACCCUAACGUUUGUGACGAAGAGAUGCUCCUGUGCCAGAAUGGCGGGACGUGCUACCUGAACCAGAAGUGCAUCUGUCCUCCUGAGUUCAAAGGCGUGCUGUGCCAACACUCGCGCUGCGAGGCGGGGAAGGACUGCAACGGCGCUUCCUCGCCGCACCUCUCCACGGCCACCCUGCUGCUCUGCACUCUGCUAACCUUCUCGCUGGCCACGAUAACACACCACUGAGCUGUGAAAAAAAGCCCCGCUCAAACCAAGGAGUGUGUGUGUGUGUGUGUAUAUAUAUAUAUGGGGUGCAAGAUGGGGAGGGACCAGUCAAGUAAAGGACCCCGGACUAAAAAAAAAAGGCACACGACCGCACUCAAUUAAGCACACGCUCUCACCGAACACUACCUAAGCCCUUGCAAACACACAUACACACACUUCACAGGACUGUUAGGACACUGAGCGUGUGCUCAGGUGUGAGAACAGAGAAACACCUCAGAGACAAGAGAUGCAGUUAAAGGGGAAGAAAAUCCUACCAACCACUGUUCCCUUUACUCUUCAGCUGGAGCAAUGUGCAUCAAACCAAAAAGCAUAAAAAGAACACUUAAAUCACCACUGUUUCACUUCAAAGGGAAUGGCUGUUGUAACCACAAGGACCUUUUUUUUCUUCUUCUUCUUCUUCUUUCUGGUUGAGUUAAAGAUCUGUCCUCUGUUAGACUGACAGCUAACGUGUGUGUGUGUGUGUGUGUGAGCGUGAGUGUGUGGUCCGGCUCAGUGUGAUGGCGAGACAUGUCAGCUUGACGGACGGGCCAAAAAGAGCUUGUUUAAUUCUGCUGCCUCGGCCUACAUAGUAAAAUAACCAGGUUUCAUUUCUUCUCAAAGGAUGAGACUUGAUUUCACAUUUACUCUAUUUCUGCUGCUUUUUUUUAUUUUUUUGAAAUUAUUAUAUCUUCAGUCAUUUUAUCUAAACGUGCCCACUAGUAGUCGCUGAGAUUAUACAUAUUAUAUAAUAUCCAGGGGGUUAUGAAUUAUAUUUAAAAAAAAUGAAUAGUCACUGUUAUGGUUGUUAUAGGAAUGAGUGAUUGUUGCCAUACUUAACGAGAUUUAAUCCUCACACAAUUAUUCAGGAAGCAGAGUUUAACAGCUAAUCAGAAGUCUAAAGAAGAGAGAAAAGAUGUGAAUCACGUAUCAAUAUUAUAUGACAUUAUUUGACUAUUUUUUGUAGAAAUUAUUUUUGUUUGAAGUUACAAUAAAUUAUACAAAGAAAAUAUGAAAAAAGACAUUUACAACUAUUUCAAAUGCGCAUUUUAUUACACUGAUUGUAAAGCUUACAGUAAAUAUGACUGUUAUUUGCCUUCUUGGUUGUUUUUUUGUUUUGUUUUUUUAUUCACUCACAUGGUGUUAUUCCUGUUUGUUUCAAAAGUUAGAAAAGAGAAUAAGUUUGGACUAAAGAAAGAUGCUUUAACUCA